UACGCUCGGCCGCGGUCUCUUAUCGACUUGCUCCGGCUCCGCUCGACGUCCUGGGCCGUGGCGGAGCGCAGAGCCGCAUGUAAGGUGCUCUGACCUUUGACCCCUGCCUUUCAGAAGUGGGCUCCGUGCAGGCCCGAGCCUUCUUCCACACCAUGAACACGUCCCCAGGCACGGUGGGCAGUGACCCGGUCAUCUUGGCCACCGCGGGCUAUGACCACACGGUGCGGUUCUGGCAGGCCCACAGUGGGAUCUGCACCCGCACCGUGCAGCAUCAAGACUCUCAGGUGAACGCUUUGGAGGUCACGCCCGACCGCAGCAUGAUCGCUGCCGCAGGUUACCAGCACAUCCGCAUGUACGAUCUCAGCUCCAACAACCCCAACCCCAUCAUCAGCUACGACGGCGUCAACAGGAACAUUGCGUCUGUGGGCUUCCAUGAGGAUGGCCGCUGGAUGUACACGGGUGGGGAGGACUGCACUGCUCGGAUCUGGGACCUCAGGUCCCGCAAUCUGCAGUGUCAGCGGAUCUUCCAGGUGAACGCACCCAUUAACUGCGUGUGUCUGCACCCCAACCAGGCAGAGCUCAUUGUGGGUGACCAGAGCGGUGCCAUCCACAUCUGGGACUUGAAGACUGACCACAACGAGCAGCUGAUACCCGAGCCCGAGGUCUCCAUCACGUCCGCCCACAUCGACCCCGAUGCCAGCUACAUGGCAGCCGUCAACAGCACCGGGAACUGCUACGUCUGGAACCUGACUGGGGGCAUCGGUGAUGAGGUGACACAGCUCAUCCCCAAGACCAAGAUCCCCGCGCACACCCGCUACGCCUUGCAGUGUCGCUUCAGCCCUGACUCCACGCUCCUUGCCACCUGCUCUGCCGACCAGACGUGCAAGAUCUGGAGGACAUCCAACUUCUCCCUGAUGACGGAGCUCAGCAUCAAGAGCAGCAACCCGGGAGAGUCCUCCCGAGGCUGGAUGUGGGGCUGCGCCUUCUCGGGCGACUCGCAGUACAUCGUGACAGCCUCCUCGGACAACCUGGCCCGGCUCUGGUGCGUGGAGACCGGCGAGAUCAAGCGGGAGUACGGGGGCCACCAGAAAGCUGUGGUCUGCUUGGCCUUCAACGACAGCGUGCUGGGCUAACCCCAGGCAGCAGCCGCGGCGUGCGUCUGUUCCCAUGCACGGCUCAGAGUGACCCUCCACCAGCCCCGGCCAGGGCCCCCUGACGGCUACCCUGGUCCCGUUGGCUGGCUUCGACGGGCCAGGCCCGCACGGCCGGGAUCCUCUCAGCUCCCAGGAAGCCGACCUGAGCCAGCCGGCACUUGUUUCAAAAAUCCCAGAUCCACGCGACCAGGGCAUGCGAGACUGGUGCCCCGUCCCAAGCCACUGUCCCCCACUCCCUGCCCGUUUCGUGUUCUGAAGCCACAGAGAGCACUGUUACAGCCAGGUGGAGGGUUUAUUGGCCCCGCUGGCAGCCACCUUCGGUGUGACUGACGGCGGGGACGGCCAGCUGGCUGGCCUGGGGCCGGGCCGGACCUCAAACUUAGUCUGGGAGGUAAUAAAAGCAGACCGACACGCAGAUGUUGCUGGGGAAGCAGAUGUCGAUGCACAGGUAGAUGAGCCGCUGCCUCCGCGGUCCUGGGGGAAGGGCCUCCCUGAGCGCCGAGGGCCCCUCACCCUUCUCUCUGGACGACCCUGCAGGGGCCCGGGCCUCUCAACACAGCCCCAACUUACCCUCUGCUCGGCGGGCCCAGUAAAUCGGGGUCUUCGUGCAAAGUUGCCGCACCGACUCCCCCACCUGGGCCGGGUCCACCUCACGGUCCCCAAGUACUGCCAGCAGCUCCCGGGCGUAGCGGGUGUCCUGGCUGGGGCCGUGGGAGCCUCCGGCCUGCAGAGAAGACUCUGGUGGGCCGUGGCACAGGGGCGCCUGCACUUCCCCUGCCUGGGGCGGGACCCGACCCGGACACCCUGGCCCAGUGCCAGCGCCACCCUCAGCUCUUGUCAUCAGCCUUAGUCAAGGGAAGACAGAGCUUCUGUUUCUUGAAACCAGAGCCCCAGCCCGCUGCAGGCCCAGGCUGUACACAGGCCCCUUUGUCCCCUGGCUCCAGGACCUGGCCGCAUGCGGCUCUUACCCUUGAGCUGUUCACCAGCAGCUCUAGGGUCUCGCGAUCUUGGGGUUCCAUCAGGCGGAGGAAGCAGGCCCGGUGUUCCGAGGGGCGGUAACAGACGCAGCCCUGGGGAGGCAGGUGGGUGAGGCAGGGCCACCUGAACAUCCACGGGUGCUGGUCCCACCCCUGCCCACUCACGCUCUGCCCAUCGAACAGCACUGCCCAGCUGCGGUUGCUCUGAGCCGGGGUCACCCGGAUGGUCGCCACGUUCCGGGCCGCAUCCACCUGGGCGGUUUGGUUGGACCAGGGUGCCCUGGGACUCGGGAGGGUCAGACGGAGCAUCUGCAGCAGAGGCUGAGAUCAGGAAGCCAGAGCUCAGUGGGGUUUCUGGCCCCUCCAGCUGUCUGGUCCUCCUGCCACCGCUCAGAGCCCUGGCUCCACUGGGGGCCCGGGAUGCACCAGCCUCUCCUUCCCCCCUCCCACCGUCUGUGCCCCUGGCUGGGUCCUGAGGAGGAGCUCACCUCUGGAGGGCUGUGAGCGAGGCCGAGAAGUCCUCCGGCUAUGGCCCCCGCGGCGGCCAGUGCCAGCAGCAGCAGCAGGCCGGGGCCCUUCCAGCCCCCGGGACACGGCUUGGCCUUCACCUGGGGGCACACUGAAGUCAGUGGGGACUUGAGCAGAGACAGGGGACCGGGCUGGCUCAGGCAAGGGCAGAGGUGUGGGAGGUGGGCAUGGUGCUCCUGUCCCCUGCCCAGGUCAAGCCCUGGGCCUGUCCGGGUGCCUGGAGGCACUCACCUGGCCGGGCCCGGGGCUCUCCUCACGGCAGCCCGUCUGCUCCAUGCUGCGGCCCUGGUGACAAUGCGCUGAUUGUCCGCUGCCCCUUGCAGUCAGCUAGGGAAACCUCAGUACAGUGAGGAGCCCAACAACCGUGCCGCCCCCUCCUCUCCUGACCCCCCGGCUUCCCGCCAGCCCGGCCACCUGAUACCAGGGUCAGAGCCAGGACAGCCCCCAUCCUUGGGGGGAGGGGGGCGCCUGUCACUGUGCCUGGCCUGUGCAGACUAGAGGGCUGAAGAGCAUGGCUGUCAGGGAAUCGGGUCCCACUGGUUGGCACCGAGGGUGGCUCGGGCCCAGGUAGAACGACUUUAUGGAGUCUGCUUGGGGGCAGGCUUAAUUUUUCUAAAGAGGCUGUUCUAGUCUCUUCACUGUAAUUUCUGGAUUCCUAGGGCUCAGCACGAGAAAUCGUCAAUAAAUGUGUUUUAUGAACGACUGGUAA